CCUGAGUCAUAGCUGGCCUUAUGACAUCAUAGGUCUCCCCCUUCACUCUUCCUACCCAUGCCAUGCCAGAGUGACAGACCGGAGGGGAUUUGAACCAUCUACCUCCAAUCCAUGUGGGACCAAUGGAGACAGACCAGCCUGAAAAAAUUGAUGAACAUGCUGAAGAUAAGCCUCAGAAGAAAGAGGAGCCGACUGGUUCGUCCUUAGCGCCACUGACCUCAGAGAAGGUAGAGAUCCCAGCAACCCAAAGUAGGCCUCCCCCUAAGAACCCAGCCCUCAGGAUCCAGGCCUGGUGGAGGGGCAACCUGGUGCGCCGGGCGCUGCUGCACGCCGUGCUCCACGUUCUGAUCAUCCAGCGAUGGUGGAGGCAGAUGCUGAUGAAGGUGCUGGAGAAGAGGCGGCGGGCAGCGCUGGAGUCUUUCACACGGAAGGAGUGGGCGGCGGUCAGGCUGCAGUCCUGGGUCCGCAUGUGGCGCAUCCGUCUGCGCUACUGCCGUCUGCUCCACGCCGCCCGCAUCAUCCAGGCCUACUGGAGGUGCCGCUCUUGUUCUUCCCGGGGCUUCAUUAAGGGCCACUACAGAGUCACGGCCAAUCAGCUGCAUCUCGAGCUAGAGAUCGUGCUGGGCUCGGAGCCUUGCUUUGUGUCGGAGUGUAUUCCCCUCCCAGUAAAGCAGUGA